GAUUCAUAGAUAGGCUCUUGUCCAAGACCAUUUUAAAGGUUAAAGAAAUUAGGAAAUACUAAGAAAUGAAUCAAUUUGAUUUGGACGAUAACAAAUUGGAGAUAUUAAAUAAGGUUUGUACAAAAAUAAAGAAUAGAAAGAAUCUAUACAGAUUGUUUACGAUUGAAAAGAUAAGAAUAAUAAUUUUAAUGAUAAGGCGACUUAAUGAGCUGAUUCUUGAUUAUCUAUAAUUUUUCCACGCUGAAUAGAUAAUAGUUUUAUAAAUAUACAGUAUAGAUAUAUAACCCUCUCUCCCCACCUCUUUUUUUAUAUAUUGACAGUUUAAGGAUAGAAUUUCCGAUCUAGAACUUCCGUAUAAUGAGGAUUAUUACGUAAUAAAAUGGUUGAAAGGUAUAAAAAAUAAAACAGAUAAUAAUAAGAAAGCAUUUAGACUAUUAACAUUGAUUAUUAAGUUAAUAGAGUAAUUAUUUUUUCCAGCUAGAUGCUUCGAUAUUGAUAAAGCAGAGAAGAUGAUAAGAAAUGUAUGUUUCUUUUAAAAAUUAUCUAAUUUAUUCCAUUACUUUCCUCUUUUCUUCAUCUCGCUUUCUCUCUUUCUCUCUCUCUUCGUCGUAUAUGUUUUUUUCUCUCGCUUCCAUACCCCGCCCCUCCCUCCUCUUCCCUAAUAAUAUUUAUCUAUAAUAUUCUUAGAGUAUGGAAUAUCGGGCUCAGAACGAUAUGAUAAAUAUUGAUAAAUACGAUCCGCCCGAGGUAAAAAUGAUACGAUUCUGUUUUUCUUAAUAUCGUAAUUGAUCCAUAAGAUUGUUUAUUUGUUUCAUUUUUUUUGUCUUUAUCUAUUAAACAAUGACGACAACUAUGAUGAUGAUGAUGAUGUUGAUGGUUAUCGUUACUAUUAUGAUAAUAUUAAUAAUAAUAAUAAAAGGUGAUCAAACGAUACUCGGCAACUGGUCUCUUUCCAACAAGUAAAGAUGGAUACCCAUUUCAAUGGGAAUUAUUCGGAAGAUUAGAUAUGAAGGGUUUAAUGUACUCUUGUAAAAAGUCUGAUUUGGAAAUGAAUACAAUAUCUCAAGCAUACAAAAUGGAAAAAUAUUGCAGACAGCAAACUGUAAAGAUGAACAAACUAAUCGAUGGUAUUAUAGUAAUUUUCGAUAUGGAAAAAUGCGGUACGAGCCACCUUUGGCGUUCAGGUAUUCAAAUGUACAUGUACUUGGUACAGCUAUUGGAAGACAAUUAUCCGGAAAUGGUAAAAUAUCUCUACGUUAUCAAUGCACCGGCUUUUCUACCUAUACUAUACAGAAUUGCUAAACCUUUGUUAAGCGACGAUAUGAGAAAUAAGAUACAAUUUUUGGGAUCUGAUUUUCGGCAGAGACUCAUUGAUAAAAUAGGCGCCGAAUAUCUUCCACAGUGCCUUGGAGGAACUCUUACCGGCCCGAACGGAGAUGCAAGGUGUUGUCAUCUUGCCACUCAAGGAGGAAAAAUACCCGAGUCGUAUUACCUUAAGAAUGUCAACUUUCUAGAUCAUCUGGAAAAAGUUACCGUACCGAGAGCUGAUAAGCUGGUUAUCAAAUUUCAAGUGGAAGAAAAGGAUUCUAUACUUAAAUGGGAAUUUCAAACUAAUGAUAAGGAUAUCGGUUUCGGUAUUUCUUUUCGAGGUAACGAAAAGGAAAAGAAAAUUUUACCAAUAACGAGAAUUAAUAGUCAUAUUGUUCCCGAAUAUGGCUCAUUAGUAUGCGAAAAUCUGGGACUAUAUAAAGUCAUCUUUGAUAACUCGUUCAGUUGGACAAAAAGUAAGGUUUUAUUCUACAACAUCGAACUAUGCGUUAAAGGUGAACUAGAAGAUUUGCAAGAAGAUCUAAAGAAAAAUGAUUCCUAAAUAGAUCUUUGAUUUGUUUUAUAUAUAGUUUUUGUUUUUUCUACGUAGAUUUUAUAAUCGAUUUCUACAAUCAUAGAAUAUGGAAAAUAUAGAAAAAAUUAAGGAAAGAGAGAGAGAGAGAGAGAGAGAGAGAGAGAGUAAACGAAGGAAAAUAAGGAAGAAGAGAAAGAAAUUUUUAUUAAAUAAAUGUGUGAGAGAUUAGCUAUUUUAGCACGAACAACAAUAAAAACCCUAAUUAUAAAUAUUUCCAUUGUUCCCCACUAUAAAUGUCUAUAAAUGAACUGUUAUCGUUUCUUUUUUAAUUUCUACUUUAUCUAUUAGAAUAAAAAUGUAUAUGUUUGCUCUCUUCCGAUUGACAUAAUUUACUGAUUUUGUUAAAUUAUUAUAGAAUGUUUUCGUUCUUCUCACUCUUUGAAUACCAAUCUUCCUAGCCCUAAUCUACAGAUGAUCUUUAGAGGUAUACAAUUUUUUCCGAUAUACAGUGAUUCUCAUACUGCGUAUUGUUUCAUAGUACGCGUAGUAUAUCUCUUGUAUACCUGAGAUUGAAGGGAAGAACACGCUGUUUAUUAUAAUCAUCUAUUGAUUAAUCUCGAUGCACCAAGUCAACCUUUUGUCGAUAUUCUUCCAAGAAUGACAUUAUAUUUUACUAAUAUUUAUAUACCAGUUUAGUUAAAUAAUUUAAAAGAAAUUUUCAUUUAUAAUAUUUGAUAUACAUUUAAUUCAUUUUAUAGACGCAUUUUUCAUUAUAUUAAUUAAAUAGGAAAAAUAAGGUUUCUCAACAGCCUGAUAAAAGCUGACAUAAACGCCGCCCUCUUCAUCCUUGUUCACUCGGGCAUACAUGUACCAAGCGUAUAGUUACAAGACUUCCUGUAAAUUAGCUCCAAAUUGAUGCCAUCUCCAACUCUAUAGGCCGUUGAAAUUACGAAAGAUUGUUCUUAAAGGAGGGAACAUGAUGGAAAGAAAAGGGAUGAACAAAUCAAAAGAGACAGGGACGAGUAAAUAGAAAGAUAAAGAGGAGAAGAAAGUAAAAGAAAAGCAACUAUAAAAUAAUAGAAGAAAUAUGGGAAGAAAAAAGAAAAACCUCUUUCAGGGGAGAAGGAUAAAAAGAAAAGGCGGGAGUUGAAUUUCUGUUAAAUAUAGAUUUAAAAAAGAAACUAUGCACUUCUAAAUAUAAAAAAUGGAUUUUUUUCUUAAUAAAGUCAAUUCGGAUUUAUUAAAUAA